UCACCACAACAUGAGGAACUGUAUUAAAGGGUCGUGGCAUUAGGAAGGUUGAGAACCACUGCUGUAGAUGGUAAUAAUGUUCACUAUAUCUUGCAAAUGGCAUUUUGAUGCAUCAUUAGAGUUUUGGGGGAAUAUGUGAAAUAGAUCAAGAGCAUAUUCUGCACACAAGGUCCUGAGGAGUAUUGAUAGGAAAAGUGUUACCUUCAGGCUUUGUAAAUUUCCUUAAAGCAUCUGACCAUUUCUGAAAAUGAAAUUUCUCAAAUAAUCUGAUUGAAAAAUAGUCCAAACUCAAAUGUUUAAGGGUGUCUGUGUGUGUACAAAAGCAGAACUAGUGGUAGAUUGAAAAGGCUCUCCCUUUUCAGUUUUAAACAGUAUAUAGAAAACCAACUUUAUUUUCCUAGCCAGCCCUUUGAAAGCCUUGCUGAUUAAAGAAUUGUUGCAUAUUAUCUUAUUAGUGGGAUAGAAGAAAUUGUUUUAAAAUAACCUUUAUAUCUCUUCCAUUCAUAGGACCAGAACCAAUACCUGUGAUAUUUUAAAAUCUUUUUAUCAAAACUUCUUGUGCACGCAUGAAAGGCUUUAGGAACUCAUGGGGAUUUAAUUAAUACUCAUUAUAUAGCUAGAAGAGGGAUAUACGUUACAAUCUGAACUUAAUCCUUGAUUUGAACAAUAUUUCGGCAGUGGUUUAAAAAUAAUCUAUUCAUGAAUUAUAACGUGAUACUUCAAACUAUACUGGAAAUUCCCAGACCUCAUAUUGCUUUCAUGUAAUAAUUUGUAUUGCAGUGUUAUGCAGAGAUAAAUAGCAUAGCCUUUAUUGUCAUUGUACAAAAUAAAUACAACGAAAUUGGUUACAUCAUUGUAGUCAAAUUCUUACAAUUUGAAAACAAAAACCUGAUAGAAUGACUAGAAUGUCUUUUUUCUCUCUACUAGGACAAAAAGAUAGCACUGUUAUGAAAACAUGCCUCCAAAAUUCAAGCGCCACCUCAAUGAUGAUGAUGUUACUGGCUCAGUCAAAAGUGAGAGGAGAAACCUCCUAGAGGAAGAUUCAGAUGAAGAAGAGGACUUUUUCUUGAGAGGGCCAUCAGGUCCAAGGUUUGGACCCAAGAAUGACAAGAUCAGACAAGUUCAAAACCAGGUUGAUGAAGUUAUUGAUGUCAUGCAAGAAAAUAUCACCAAGGUGAUAGAGAGAGGAGAGCGGCUGGAUGAUUUGCAAGAUAAGUCAGAUGAAGGUAAUUGUGGCUUUGGUUGCUGUUGUUGUCUUGUUAAUCAUUAUUGUUCCCAUCAUCCUCAAACACCGCACUUGAAUUGGAGAUGGACGUCCUUCAGGAUAACAGCAAAGCUAGCAGCUGUAUGAUUUCAGUGGAAUGUAUUAUGUAUAUAGCUUUGAAGUGCAUCCUGCUCUCAAACUCCAGGGAGGCGCAUGCACAGUUCCACCAAGAGCAUCCAGAGGGACUGGCAAAUAUAUGACUUUCAGUCAAGGAUUAACUAUACUGUCAAUAUUGGACCCAAAAACCUCACUGUUGCUCUUACGAAGGAACCUAUAUGGAAUCAGAUACUUGUCAGUAUUUCAUCUGUUUUUUUAAAUAAUGUAUAUAUGAGUGAGAGAGAGAGAGAGUGUGUGUGUGUGUAGCGAAUUGAUAAUGUUAUUUAUAAUUUAAAUAGUUUCCUACCACUAUUGAUAAAGUAGUGGAGGAAAGAAUUAUGGAUGGAAGAACGAAGUGUAUAGUCUAUAUCACUGUUUAAAAAAAAAAUUCCUUCUUCAACUGAAUUUAAGGGAUUCUGAAGUUCUGCGUUGCUAUUAUUGCUCAUUAUUGUUCUAUAAAAGCAUUCCAGUUAAAAAAAACACAUAUUUUUGACUGCAAAUAUGUAGCUGUUAGUAAAUUAUUGAAAUAAAGAAGCUGCUAAUUCA